AUGUCGAAACAAUUGUUGCGCAGUGCCAAGAACGUGGUGAAUGGGUACUCGCCCGCACAGAUACUGGUUCGCAAUGCAACUUCUAACGAGGAGUAUGGCCCGUCGAUGGACCAGAUGGAGGAACUUGCAGAGCGCUCGUACAGUGCAGUGGAGUUUUUCGAAAUAGUGGUGAUGUUAGACAAACGGUUGAGCGAUAAGCCGAAGCAUUGGAGGCACGUGGCGAAGUCUUUGACGGUGACGGAUUUUCUUGUGAGGACAGGGGCGGAGACGUGUGUUGACUGGGCACGGGAAAACCUGUACUUGUUCCGGCGCUUGACGGAAUUCUACCAUGUGGAUGAGUCAACGGGUGUUGAUCAUGGGCAGAUAAUUCGGGUUAAGGCACGUGAGCUUGUUGCCUUGUUGAGGGACGAGGAACGGCUACGAGAGGAGCGGAAUAUGCGGCUUGGGCGCAAUCCGAGGAACAGGCAGGCUUCGGUGCCACCUCCCGCAGAAGACCUAGAUCCAGAUUUACAGCGGGCGUUGGAAGAGUCGCGUAUAACCGCUGAAGAAGAAGAGCGUAGGAGGCGCGAGAAGACUAACCAGCAACAAGACAACGAAGAGCUCGAGGUAGCCUUGCAGUUAAGCAAAGAAGAGGAGGAACUACGCAAGCUUCGUGAACUACAACAGCAGCGUGAGCAGCAGAUGGCGCUCUGGCAGCAGCAGCAGCAGCAACAGCCGCAGGCAAUGUACUAUGACAUAUUCGGGAACCCAAUUUCACUAGAGGAAUACUUGCAGUAUCAGCAGCAGCAGCAGCAGCAGCAGCAGCAGCAGCAGUUGGCGCAACAGAUGGCAGAACAGUAUGCUGCGGAGCAGCAGUAUUAUGCUCAGCAGCAAUACCUCGCUCAGCAGCAGCAGCUAGCAGAACAGCAGUAUUUGGCACAGCAGCAGUUUUUGGCACAGCAACAACAACAGCCACAAUUCCAGUCCGGUCCUAACAAUCCUUUCUCACUCGAAAAUAUGCACAAGCUGAAUUCGGAUGGGCCGCAGGCCUCUGGUCCAUAUAUCUCUACAGCAGGUGGCUUCCCCGACCGGGCGAGCUCAUCGCCAUCCUUGCCGCAGCAGAAACAACAGCCCCAGGUUUUGCAACAGCCCGGUCAGCACUCUUCACCAGUACCACAACUACCACGGCCUCAGUCGCAGCCUGGUCCGCAGUUACAGCCAACACGCACUGGUAACCAGUCGAUCACAGAUAAGUACAGCGAACUCAACACUUUGUUGGCCUCUGGCACAGGGCUCGACACUUUCGGAAACACAGGUCAGACUCGUAUUCCAGCCCAACACACGAAAACUGGUACAUUUAUCAAUUCCCAGGGUACUGGCUACAAGCAGGUUGGUAAUGAACCCCCGAAGCAUAACCCCUUCAUUGCCACGCAAUACACUGGUCUGCCUAGUACAAAUAUGGUUCCUUCCCAUACAGGGUAUGGUUUCGGUAAUGCCGGCAAUGGCUUCCAGCAAAGUGGUAACAGCAACAAACCAAACGAGCAGAAUAUUAGCUUGAUCGACAUCUGA